AUGAUAGAGAACCCUAACAAAUUGAGACUUGGUAGGCAUAACCAAACUGCAUCUGCUCGACAAGAGGGAGCUGAACAAACUACGAGGUGUCGAGGACACAGUCAAGUACCGCGGGAGGAAGUGGAUGGAACAUCAAGUUCUACUUUGAGGAGUCGCCUUUCAAGUGCAUCCUUGUCUAAGGAUUACGAGGAGGAGGAACCCGAGCGGGUUCAGGUUUCGGAACCCAAAAUGGUUAAUGUUCCGGAAUCCGAGGAUGAGGCUAACCCAGAACUCAACUACCGCACAAGGCAGCGCGGCUUCAUCGUCGGUCAUCGGAAACUUUAA